CAAGGGCAGGGAGCGAUGCUCUGCACACUCGGAGGAAGUGUGAGCGCUGCUGCCUGCCAAGGGCCAGACGCGCCUGGUGCUGCUGGCAGCUGGGCAAGGUGCGUCUGCGGCGCCAACAUGGGCACUGCUGCGGGACUGUGGUCUGCUGGGAGGACGUGGGCUCUGGGCUCACGUGGCAUCUGCUACCUGGGCAUCGCUGCCAUCACAUGGGGUGCGGUGACGCACGUGGAGGUGGGUGCCUGGACGUACCACUACAGUGACCAAGGGGACUACACGUGGGAGCAGGCGAGGAACUACUGCCAGACCUUCUUCACCGACCUGGUGGCGAUCCAGAACAAGCAGGAGAUUGAGUACCUCAACGAGACCCUGCCCUUCCAUGGGCGCUACUACUGGAUCGGCAUCCGCAAGCUGGGCGGCACCUGGACCUGGGUGGGCACCAGGAAGGCGCUGACGAAGGAGGCGGAGAACUGGGCAGACGGGGAACCCAACAACCGCCGCUCCAACCAGGACUGCGUGGAGAUCUACAUUAAGAGGCAGUGGGAGUCGGGCAAGUGGAAUGACGAGCCCUGCAGCCGGAAGAAAAAGGCGCUGUGCUACCGGGCCUCCUGCCAGCCGUUCCCAUGCAGCCAGCGUGGCGAGUGCGUGGAGACCAUCGGGAGCUACCGAUGCGAGUGCUACCCCGGCUUCCAUGGCCCUGAGUGCGAGGACGUUGUGCAGUGCACCAAGCUCGAGCCCAAGGGAGUGACCAUGAACUGCAGCCACCCCUACGGAGACUUCAGCUACAACUCCACCUGCGUGUUUGGGUGCCAGGAGGGGUUCGAGCGGCGAGGGGUGGGCAUGUUGCGGUGCCUGCCUUCCCAGCAGUGGUCAGCAGACACCCCCACGUGCACAGCCAUCACCUGCCCAGUGCUCAGUGCUCCAGACCAGGGAGAGCUGAACUGUUCCCACCUCCAUGGGGACUUCGCCUUUGGCUCCACGUGUGCCUUCUCCUGCCAGACGGGGUUUGCACUGAUGGGGUCAGAGAGCCGUGAGUGCACAGCCAUGGGGACCUGGACGGGAGAUGCCCCACGAUGUGAAGCCAUCACCUGCCCGGUUCUCAGUGCACCAGACCAGGGAGAGCUGAACUGUUCCCACCUCCACGGGGACUUCGCCUUUGGCUCCACAUGUGCCUUCUCCUGCCAGACAGGGUUUGCACUGAUGGGGUCAGAGAGCCGCGAGUGCACAGCCAUGGGGACCUGGAUGGGAGAUGCCCCACGAUGUGAAGCCAUCGCCUGCCCAGUUCUCAGCGCACCAGACCAGGGAGAGCUGAACUGUUCCCACCUCCAUGGGGACUUCGCCUUUGGCUCCACGUGUGCCUUCUCCUGCCAGACGGGGUUUGCACUGAUGGGGUCAGAGAGCCGUGAGUGCACAGCCAUGGGGACGUGGACUGGGGACUCUCCACACUGUGAAGCCAUCACCUGCCCAGUGCUCAGUGCUCCAGACCAGGGAGAGCUGAACUGCUCCCAUCUCCAUGGGGACUUUGCCUUUGGCUCCACAUGUGCCUUCUCCUGCCAGACGGGGUUUGUGCUGAUGGGGUCAGAGAGCCGCGAGUGCACGGCCACAGGGACCUGGACGGGGGAUGCCCCACAAUGCAAAGCCAUCAGCUGCCCGGUGCUGGACUCCCCCAGCAGAGGCCAGUUGAGCUGCUCUCAUGUGCACGGGAACUUCACCUACAACUCCACAUGCACCUUCUCCUGCGAGGAGGGGUUUGUUCGGAUGGGAGCAGAGGUGCUCUGGUGUGCGGCCACGGGGAACUGGACCAGGCAUCCCCCUGUCUGUGCAGAGGACAGUGCCCCCUUCUUAAAGCAAGUUCUGGCUUACAGCAGCGGCACAGCUCUGGCAAUAGCUGGUAUCGUGCUCUCGGGGACACUCAUUGCUCUCCUUGCCAAGCGGCUCAGCAACAGAGAGGAGAAGAAGAAGCUCCUGAACCCCACCAGUGACCUAGGAUCGCCGGGCAUCUUCACCAACGCAGCGUACGACGCCAACCUGUAAGCCUGGCCGUGACCAAAACCCACCACGUCCCCCAGUGCUGCAGACCCAGCGGGAGCUACUGCCAAGGCCCAGAGGGACUUCACGCCCCGGGCGGCAGUCCGGACCGCUAGUGACGGGUGGAAACCGCCCCCACGCUGCGUGUAUAAACCCCCCACGCACCCCCCCGCGGGGAGCGGAGCUGCCUUCCUGCACCACCCACGCGUGAAGACCUGUGAAGACCUCUGAAGACCCGCCUGGGGCCCUGGGCCGCCUUCACCGCGCUCUGGGGACGGGCCUGCCGCCCGGCCCUUCCCCUCACGGAGCUGCCUCCCUGCCCUCGACGUGCCCCCCCGC